AUGGAAAGAAGUAUGUAUGCGAGACGAAGGUCUAGUUUAGAAGAGGAACAGUUAAUUAUAGACAAACUAUUUGCAGCAAUUGUGUUGAAGAAAUUUAAACUUGCAAGAAUUUUAGCGGAGGGUGGAGCAAAUGUUUCUGCAAAACUUUCAUCAGGAGUAACAACAUUAAUGGCGGCAUGCGAUGCUGUAACAGGCGAUUGUCAUCUUGAAAAAAAAUAUGGCUUGAUAAAAUGUUUGAUAAAAAACGGAGCAAAAGUGAACGCUUGCGACAUGUUUAAAAGGACAGCUCUUCACUAUGCUUGUAUAAAUGGGCGCAAGGAGACAAUACAGAUUUUAGAAGAACAUGGAGCGGACACAUUUGCACUUGAUAUCAACGGUAAAACUCCGUAUUUUUACUUGGAUUACAAUAGCAAUAAUCAGAAGACACAUGUGUUAGUAAGACGGGAUAGCAUCGCAACCAACAGUAUAGAGAAUUUCUUCCCUUCGUUGCUCAGAUGGGAUUCAAGAGAUUUUCUAAAUUCUUUGUAG